AUGGCUGGCAAAAAGCGCGCUGGGAAGAAGUCACUCGGGGAACCGCCAGCUAAACGACCUGCAAGAGGUGCAAGGAAGAAUGACGACCCCAUCUGGAGCACCACCAACCCAAAGUCUUCUUUAGUCAAUGAAGACCUCCACGGCAAAUUCGCUGAUCCGAAGGCCUAUGAAAAUUGGACAAAAGGAGAUUGGGAAGAAGCAAGGGCAAAUUGCCUGCCUGAGGAUGCACCCGUAGCUGAAGAUGGAUAUUCUGUACCUAUGCAAUAUUUCAAAUAUGAUCUGAAUUGGCGACGCUUUGUUAGGGAGUUCCAAGAGGAUUUGGGGGCUGGACGUUAUGAUCCUCAAUGGCUGAAGGAAGCUACGCAAGCAAUGGAGGAACGAUCUCAAGGAAGAUUUGAUAGGUGGAAGGCUAAUGAAUACGAAGAAUUUUGGGGUCAGAAACAAAGGACGCCUUGGAGAGACUUGGCCGGCGAGUCAGCAAACAUUAAAUUGGAGGAGCUUGCCAAACACAACUUUGUGAGACAAGGUGACAUCUUCAGCUAUGCAAGAGUCUUUGGAAGAGGUAAAGACAGAAUUUUGAUCGAGAAGGAUAUAAGAAUAGCGAAGAUUGAAGGAUCUCUCAUGACUGUAGCGGUCCCACCGGGACAGCUAAAAUAUGCACGACAUCUUCUAGCCCCCCACCGAACACCUACAAAGGUACUACAAAAACCUUCCCUCCCGACUGAGAAGCAGGUAUCACUGGACGAAACGGACACAACAAAUCACACGCCUUUGAAGGAUUUGCCAAGUCACUCGAUCCAAGCAAAACGGGAACAUGAGCAGAGCACUCAUUCCAAUGCCCGUGAGCAUAGUACUGGCAAUGGAGAAGCCUAUCCUUCGCCUGAGAAAGAGGCUUCUUAUCCAGAUGCCUUCCACGAUGCCCCAGAACCAACAUCACCGCCGCCAUCGGCGACCGAACCUCAAAUACAGCUUGAUACUAUGCGUCGAACAGAAAUUGAAAAGGCUACAGCUGCAGGAAAUGAUUUGCAAGAACCGGCAUCCCCUCCAUCACCGUUCCAAUCGCCGGUGGAAGACGCCAUCCUUACGCCCAUCUCCACUCUUGCUGAAUUGGAGAAACGCAUCAUUGAAAUUGACGGGCGCGUUGAUAAGUCAACCAGGAUUGUUAAUUCUUGGAAAGCUAUGCGUGGAAAGAGGAAUAACCAGGAUCUGGGCUCUCUUUUUGAGAUGCGAGAGGAAUUCUAUGUGCGGCAGAGCCCGAAAAUCGUCAAGACGCCCCAAACGACGAGGAGUGGAAGGGACAGCAAGAAGAAGGUGCGUUAUGGCGAAUGA